CUGCGAAAUCAGUUGACAUUCGAUCAAGGCUUGAUAAUGUUAUAUCGUCGGUUGUGGCUGAUAGUGCUGACAUUUGAGUUCGCGACUUCGAGUCACCAUUAUCAUCGAUAUAUGCUAUCUGAUUAUAAGCCACAGCAUAGCCACAAGACGCAGAAGGAUUAUCGCCCAGUUCCUCGGUCAGUUGAUGCCCCGCUGAAAGACGUGACAAAGAGAAAUGCACUUGCGAAGCCAAUGGUAAAUCUUGCUCAUUCUAAUAAGAAAGUGCCACUAGAAACUGUAAUGGUUAGAGUUUAUGAACACCGAAAAGUGCAACUAAUAGCCUGGCCAAUAGCAGCUGCUGCACUGAUAGGAAUAAUAGUAAUAGUUACUAAAGGUGGGCCAAUAAUAUAUAAGUCACCAACAAAUGAAACCUUGGAAGUGGAUUAUGAGCAUACUGAUUGGAGGCAACCUUUGCUGAAAACGGUGUAUUUGAACAAUUCAUCGAAUCACAUGAACUCCGCAAUACAGAUCUGUAAUACUGUCUUAAGGCCCGACGAUCACGUCUCUUUGAUCGCAUUUUCGCACAGAAGUCAAACUCUGUAUUCAAAGGAAAGCAUUGUGUUGUCACCGAGUGAAUGCCGUGAAAAACUAAAUGAUCCGAGUGGUAAAAUUGUAACACCUGAGGUGAUUUGUGCACGCAACGAAAGGAGGACUAAGAAAUGCGAACCAAAUCUUGGAUUGCCACUGAUGUUUAACGAUCAACUAUGUGGGCUGCAAAUUCUUGGUCACAAUUGCCCGAAAUAUUAUGGAGUCGAUCUCUAUGCCCGCGUCCUCAAUCGAAAGGCGUACAAAAAAGCAACAUUGAAGCGAAUGGCAGCGAAGAUAGAAGAUGCAAUGCCCUGAGAUGUAAGACAUGAAUAUAAGAAUGUUAAUGCUGCAUGCUAUCAUAAAUAAAACAAGUCUAUUUCAAAUGUGCAUCAGGGAGUGAAGCGUGACUAAUGAGCCAAUAAAUUUACC